AUGAUGUUCAAGUCCGUCCUCGUGGCUCUCAGCCUCAACGCCAUGGCCAGCGCCUCAGUCAUCAACCACAAGGGCAUGCACCAGAAGCGGGCAGCCACCUCGUCCGGCAGCUCCGCGGCCAGCACCUGUCUAGACACCAAUGCUCUGCAGACGGGCAGUUUCGUGACCGGCCAGGUCAACGAUGUGCCUUCAGGCGGCCAGUCCAACUCCAACACGGACACGGCCAACUUUAUCAACUUCUGCUCGGGCCAGACGCUGACGAACGGCCUGCAGGUCAAGGCGGGCUCCUGCAACGGCAUCGUCAUGGGCAAGAUCCCGGCCACGACCAGCAUGGUCUCGACGGUGAUCACCAACCCCAAGCUCAACGACAACCUGGACGCGAACACGACCUUCAACGUCACGCUCAACGUGGCCAACAUGCAGCUCGGCUCCUUCACCAACGCCACCAGCACGUACUACGCAGCGCCGCAGGAUCUCAGCAGCAGCGGCGCCAUCAUCGGUCACGUGCACGUGACCGUCCAGGAUGUCGGCAGCUCCUUUGACUUCACCACCCCGCUCGACGCCACCAAGUUUGUCUUCUUCAAGGGCAUCAACGACGCCGGCAACGGCCAGGGCACCGUGACCACAGCUGUCACCGGCGGCCUGCCGGCCGGCAACUACCGCGUCUGCUCCAUGACCAGCUCUUCCAACCACCAGCCGGUGUUGAUGCCGGUGGCCCAGCGGGGUGCUCAGGACGACUGCCGCUACUUUACCGUCGCUGCCAGCAAUGUCAUCUCGACCGCCUCGACCCCGGCUGCUGUGACCACGGCUGCUUCUGCCACCACGGCCGCGUCGACCUCGUCCGGCACCUCGUCUGCCCUCGGCGGCAUCGAGGCGCCAGCCGUCGUCGACUCGGGCGAUGCCAACCGGCCGUUCUCGGUCAACGGCGACACGUUUGUCAACAAGUCGGCCGCCGUCCAGCGCGCGUGCUCGAUCCAGAACAACCAGUGCGCCAAUGCGGUCAACUCGGGCACGCUGAGCGGCGUCACCGUGUCGGACUGCAACGCUCAGGAUGCUGCCUGCAGUGCUUAG